AUAAUUUUAAAGAAAAAUGACAAAAAGUUUGUAUUAAAACAUGUUUUGUCAAAUGUUUUAGUUUGAAUAUUUGUAUUGGCUAUUGGAGAAAGUAUAUUAAAUGGGAAUUUUAGCCAUUUGAAGGGAUAACUUGGCAUUUUUUAUCAAGUUUUAUAAAUGGCUGACAGUGCAAACUCUUCAAAAUGAACAAAAUUUUAAAGCAUGUAGUUUAAGUUGUAUUAAACUUGAAUGGCUGAUGUAGAGUCAGUUUCUUCUUCUGUUGUCCGAGAAUAUUUAAGUAGAAAGGUAAGAAGUUUAAAUAUUUAUUACAGGUUUUAAUUUUAAACAUAUAGUACUGACACAUAAUUCACACACACACACACUGACACACACACAUAUAUAUAUAUAUAUAUAUAUAUAUAUAUAUAUAUAUAUAUAUAUAUAUAUAUAUAUAUAUAUAUAUAUAUAUAUAUAUAUAUAUAUAUAUAUAUAUAUAUAUAUAUAUAUAUAUAUUUAAAAACAUUUGUUUACAUAAACAUACUUGUGUAUUUUCAGGGUUUAAAGGAAACUUUGUCAAUGUUGGACAAAGAAAUGCCUCGGACUGAUAAUUGGUAAGUUUAUACUUUAUAGACCUCUGCUAAAAUCGAUACAAAUUUACCCAUAAUCCAUUGUUACAGUAGAAAAAGUCGAUUAAAGACCAAGUUUGUAGCUGAAGGCUGAUUUCCAACAGUGUGCGACACUCGUAGAUGUUGAUUCUCUGUUAUCACAUAUUGUAAUUUAUCUGUGGUUGUUGCAAUAAAUAAAUAAAUUUGUUUUGUUGCGACAGUCGGCAGUUAAAUGGUAGACCACUAUUCACAAGUUGUCAGCUAGUGACUGCAGUGUCGCUGACCAAUGAAAACCAGCAUUAGCUAAAGGCACAGAAUAACAACUUAACCAGAAGCUCCACUCUCCACAUUACACUUGUUUAGCUAUCUGAAAUGAAUGCGGCCAAGGCAUACAAAUUUGUACAAGAGUCACACUUGUUUCCAGAUUGCUAAACAAGUGUAAUUAGCUUUUUGGUAUUUUGAGAGUGGGACUUCUGGUUAAAUUGUUAUUCUGUGCUAAAGGCCUGUCUAAUUAUAUACAAUAUGAUUAGUCAUAGGUGAUUGUAAUUCUGUCAGAUUAACUGUAUACAAACUAAAUGCUGACUCUGCAAUUCUCCAUGCAUGCCCUCUGUGAAAUAGGCUGAAAACUGCUUAUAAAAAAGAACAAUAACCUAUGUUUACCUUGCCUUGAGGAGGGAUAGCUAAUUUCUGGUUACUUGCAGCGUCAGUAACCGUGCUCAGCUUGCCAAAGAACUUCAUAUCAACACGCUGAUGAAGAAGAACAAGGAAAGCCAGGAAAGUUUUCGUACGAUGCUUGAGGUCAUUGUACAGUUUAUGAUGACUAAAACAUGGCAGGAAAAACACUCACAAAACUUAACAUCUGCAGAGUCUGUAAAAACUUCAAGGAGUUCAUCUGCAAGGUAAUAGUAAAUCACAAUGUGCUAGCUACUGUAUCAUGCCAGAUGAUUUUCUGCUUUGUAAAUUAAUUUUACUUUAUGUUAAUGCCAGAUGUUGUUUGUUGGUUAACCAAACCCAUCUUCCCAAGGCAUAUCUCUGGUUGACAUAUUAAGCUCAGCUAUUCCCCUUGUACUUUGUCAUUUUGACCCUGUCUAACACCAGGCAAUUUUUUCCCUCAAGAUGAAGGUGUUGGGUGUUAAUGACUUAAUGGAUGUCAUAUACCAUUUUAUAUAUGCUACUGUAUUCAUUACCAAAAAUAGAAUGAUUAUUAAUUUUAUUGUCAGUAUAUAUUGUGUUGACUUGUGGAAUUUUUUAGAGAUGAUGGACAGGAUACUGCAAAGUCUUGUGAGAAAACAGAUUAUAGAAACAUUAGUGCAAGUCAGAGAGAAACUGAUAAGACUGAGAGAUCAGAAAGAAAACAGAAUAUAAAAAAUAGAGUUACAAGUCCUGUUAGUAGGACUUCAUUAGAUGAUAAAAUGAAAUCAAGUGAUGAACAUUUGUUGGUGCUUGACAGUGUAAAGAAGCAAGGCACUGAUUUAAGUAGUCAGCUUGAGAGGAGUAAGAUGUCAAGUACUAGUAAACUUAAAGAACGUCAUUUGUCAGUUAGUAAAGAUGAAACCACGCUUGCUUCUGUUCCUGCAAAACAAUGCAAUCAAGAACUUACUGAGGGAUUCUCAGGGAAAAUAAAUGAAGAUGACAACAUCUUAAGCAAAAGUCUUCCAGUGAAGAAACGAACCUCGUUGAAUGAUCCUUCCUUAAUAAAAUCUUCAAAUGUAAAGAAAGGUUUACGAAGGAAUGUAAGUAAUGUCUCAGGUGGUGUUAUGAGCACUGGUCUGCGCAGUUCAGGGAAACAUGAGAGGAGAAAUUACACUAACGAAGGUUUCAGGGAGAAACCAAAAUAUUUCGAGGAUGAUUUGAAGGAAAGUUCAGUUUUUCCAGGAAGAAAAAGUUUAGACAACUUAUCAACUGACGAAGAAAUGGCGGGCAAACAAGAAUUGUUUUCAGGGAAAACGACAAGAAAUGUUAAAGACGAUUUUAGAGAAAAAUCGAAAUAUUCGGUGGAGGUUGUGAAGGAAAGUUCAGAUUUUCACGGACGAAGAAGUCUUGAAAAGAUGCGAGAACCACUUUCUGUCAAUAAGGUAAGCUGUUUCUUUCAUUACUAUUCUUACAAUACUUUCUUACAAGUCUGCAGGCGUUAAGUGUUUAGUAAUUGAAAUAUCUUACAAACGUUUUCAAAUUAGAAAGAAGAGAACGUGGUGCAAGAUUGGAAGACGGAAAUUCUGCAGAAAAAAGACGUCAGGUUCGUGGAUUUUAUCCAAACCUAACUUCAUUUUAUGUUCCGUAAUUACAUACUAUUACCGUUCUAAUUAUUUUUUAAUGCAUUCUAAUUUCAUUGUAUUCACCUAUUACAAGUUCUUUUCUUCUUGAAUUACAGGAAGAAUAUGUCGUCACCGCAGUCGAAAGCAACGAAAAAUGUAAGUAAAGUGUGCUGUAUUUUCUUACACUUGCAUUGCUAAUGAACACCAGGCUUUGCAACAAACUAAAUUUGAAAUGUUCUGAAAAAGAGCUACUCAGGCAAAUUGAAACAAGUUCGUUCAAAUGUUGUCUUUUCAGGAAGAUUUAACAUUUGAAGACAUCGACGAAACUUUGGAUGAUGAAUUGCAAAAAAUCAAUUUCAGUAAGUUAUCAAAUGACAUUACGCGCACAUUCAACAGUGUAAUAAGGUUCUAUUUUUCUUCUUCUAAGAUGCCAGUCCUCGGAAAUCCACCAUACCUUUGUUUCAAUGUCAACCCAUCACACUGAAACAGGCCAAGGUACUGUUGAAUACAACGUUAACGCGGUCAGUGGGCGUCAAUAAACGUCAGAAAUGUUCAUAUUUAUUGGAGGAAGAAAGUUUAAAGACUAAAUCUCUUAAUGUUAUUUAUUUGUCACCAAAUUCAAGACAACUUAGUCUGUCUUUGCCGUUAGUAAUGUGUUUUAUUUCCACAGGAUCUGAAGACAAUCGUGUUUGGCUCGACAGUGAAUAGUUUUAACUCAGAAUGGAGAAAUCAAGGGUUUACAUUUUGUCAUUUAGAUCAUUUGAAGUACGGAAUUGUACAACAUAAGGUAUCGGACGUCCACUUGACGUAUUUGUUUUCAAUAAUUGAACAUUCUCAUGCAAACAUUGCAGUGGUGAACGUUUUGUUUUUAGGGCGGACCAUGCGGUUUACUCGCCUCGGUUCAGGCUGUUGUUUUAAAACAAUUGUUAUUUAAUGAUCGUGUGUCCACCAAUAAACAGUAAGUAAAAAUAAAUCUUUGUCUGACAGCGUCUUAUCGAUCGUAUAGACCCAUUGCACUGUCGUCACAAAUCCUUAGAGUGUCCUCCAGAUGCUCCCUAACAAUAUCUGUUCGGGUACAACAACCACAUACAGCGCGAAAAUUAACCAUUUUAAUACAAAAUUAUUAUAAAGUUUUACAAAAUUUGCUUUGUUUACAAAAGUUAUAUUAUGCAUAGAUUGCUAAUUUGUCCUCCAGAUGCAUCAAAGCCAUCAUUACCAGGGCUGUGACGUCAUGUGUAAUGGGUCUAUUCUUUCCAUUAUAUCGUGCAAUUCCUUCCUUGUUUAACUUUCUUUUCUUUAAUCUAUUACUUUCUUUUACAUCCUUUUUCAACAACUAUAAAAUAUUUCUAUAUUUUUUAGACGUUUAAAUUUCUCAUCGCAAGAAACAAAUGAUGCUCUCUGCUCAGCUUUGGUUGAAAUACUUUGGAGAGCUGGUAGUUACAAAACAGCUCGAGUAGCUGUGUAAGUGUAAACGCAUCGUAUCAACAAUUUGGAGAGGUUAUGUUUAGGGAGGUGUCGCACACGUCAGAACAAGCGCCUUUCACCUCUGAGUUCGUGGGUUCGAUUCUCGCUACGGACUCAUGUGUAACGAGUCAGUCAAUGUUCUGGCGGAAGUCGUGGGUUUUCUCCGGGUCCUAGGGAUGCUUCCACAGGGAAAGUUCGACGUUGACAGGGUGGGUUAGGAUAAACACUCGAUAGGAUAAAUCGUAGCUCUAAGUCAUGCAAAGUAUGGUUUAGUUGACAGAUGCGCGUUUUUAAGAUAUCUUCAAAUGAUUUUUAGACGUUCUGAGAAAGACCAGUUCAUACCAAGUGGAGGCUACAAAGUUGACAGAUUGAGUGAAAAGGUGAUAAGUAUCCUAAUUUGAUCAUACUACAUUUCCAUUAUUUAAUCACCGCAAUAAUUGCUAUGCUUCACUCAAAUCCAGUCCGGUCCUUGACUUCUGUUAAUUUUGUGUAUUUCUAGCUUGUUAUCUAUGAAACAAAUGACUGCAAUGAAUUAGAAAUAUUUAUUAAGGAAAACAUGAAGCAGGUAACAAAAUAAAAAUCUCAAUUCUUCAAAGCUCUGUGCUUGACUUGAACCAAUUGUCUUUAUUUUAGUUUGCCUGUGACGAUGCUGGUUGUAUUCUUCUGUUAUAUUCUGCGAUCCUCUCAAGAACGGUGGAGAAGUAAGAUCAGUUUAUUGAGAGUUUAGUUUUGAGUUUAUUGAGUGUCUCACUCAUUGGUGAGCGGAUUUACCAAAAGGCUAUUGCCCAAUUGAUAUGGGAUCCGAGGUACCUACGAUUUUAACGUUCUUAUCCGAGAAGACGCGAAAGUCUAACCAUUUACUGAUGUCAAUGUAAAGGUAGCUCUUUUUCCUCAAUUGUUUUAAGACCUUGGGUAGAGGUCCGACCAAGGAUUGAACCCAGAUCUCUUAAAAGGCAAGCGUGAUGACUACGACACCGCAAAUACUGGAGCGUAUAGUUGCACCGCUACCUACACUGGACGCUAGUGAUUCAUUGUUGAUAAAUAGUUGGUACGUCUAAAUAUUUCAAUGGUUCGAUGUUUUUUAAGAAUAAAAGAGGAUAUGGAUGAUGAUAAUGGAACAUUGAUGGGCGCUCAUGGAUAUUGUACACAGGUAAAAUGUUCCUACGAAAAACACAAUCUAUAUCAACGAUUGGUUCAUGGUUGAUGAAAUAAGUAAGCACAGUGUAACUUUUGUCACACUUGCUACAAUCUCUUUUCUUGUUUGAUUUCGUUAUUAUUAAACCUCGAAAACUUUAUUCUUAUAGUUUGUUCUGUUUAUCAUUCUCUAGUUUUGUAUUUUAUAUUAUGUAGGAUAUGGUCAACUUACUUCUAACUGGGAAAGCAAUUUCGAACACGUUUGAUGAUGUUAUUGAACUUGACAGCGGAGGAGACACGAAGGUUCCUUUCUGCACAUUAUUUUUAUUGACUUUAUUUUUCUGUUCUUGUAUAGUAAUAUUUCUCUUUUCUAGAAUAUUCUGAAAGGCGUGGACAAACAAAGUGAUAUCGGACUUCUAUCAUUGUUUGAACAUUACAAAUCCUGUUUGGUAAGACUUGGCCCACAAAAGAGAAACGCGUAUUUAUGUUCACUAUGUACGUUGAGAACCGAAUUCUCGGGUGUUUUACUCUUGUUUAUCCCAAUGCAGGUUGGUUCCAACUUAAAAAGUCCAAAAUAUCCAAUCUGGGUCGUCUGCAGUGAAAGUCACUUCAGUGUUCUUUUCUCGAUGAAACGAAGUCUUGUCAAUGAGAGG